AUGCAUGCCCAUUCCUAUCUCCACCUGACCUCCUCACUUCUGUUCUUGCAGCAAUGCCAUGCUUCAUUCUAUGAACCCCUCAUGGCCCCACUAGCUGGCCGGGAGCACAAACACAAACACAAAUCAUCAUUCAUCUCCUUCAAUACUACAUGGCAGACGCUUGGUCCAUUCCAGAUUGGAACGCGCGAGGCUACGUGGGGGGCAGAUCCACUUGAAUAUGUCGGUGGCUUCAGAAACCUCUCCUACACUGCAGAAGCAACCUUCAGGAGUUCUUUGCCCACCAAUGGAACAGCGAAAUGGAACGCCACAGAGGCCGCCAAGACACUGAAUGGCAUCGAUUCGGCGAAUGCCACCCUCCGCGUAACCUACUCAAAUGUCGACUGGGACUUCCUGAAGCUCGUCUACGGUUGGGCUGCCGUGCAGUAUCAGGCAUGGGCACGUGGAGAGUUCACUGUCCAUGGACGUGAAACACAACAUGUGAUUCUCCAUACUGACGCAAUUCUAGAGUAUUGGGUUGAUGAUAGACACUACUUUGGAGGAGACUUCUAUACCCUCCGGAACGCCCCAGCGGUGCUGCAUCUGGAACCUGGCCUUCACAAGAUUGACCUCCGCCUCGUGAGGGACGUCAGAGCCUUUGGGGGUAUUUUGGAGCCUACUGUAGAUGUUGUUGUCGAUAUGCAGCGAGUCUCAACGUCCCUGGAGCUUGCGAAACCUGGUAUGCUUAUAUCUGAUGUUGUUGAUGGUAAAUUGGCGUCGCCCCUAGCAUCGGUUCUUCUUAGGAAUAGCGGUGACUCUGAUAUUGAGAUCAUAGACGUACAAGCAGUCAACAGUAGCCACACAUCAUCGAAUGAGGACUCCAACUCCAGGCUCGUUAUCAGUGCAGGUCAGACUCGGUCGCUACCCAUUAACGUUUUAUUAAAGGAGUUCAAUAGCUCUGCUAUCGGGUACAACAUCACGUACUCCACAGUGAACAAUACGAGGCAAUCCUCACUUCAAGUCUGGCAGGAUUUGAAACACACCUCGAUUUACAAGCCGCAUAAGAUCACAUUUCUCCAUCCUGGCGGCAUAGUCUCAUAUGCUAUGCUUCGACCACCAGCUCAGAAUGCGGCUUGUCAGCCACACCGUAAGACCCUACCUGUCCUGCUUGUCCUACAUGGUGCCGGGCUCGAAGCAGAUAGUCCCAUGGUCACUGGAAGUCUCGACCCUGUCUCUGAUCUUUGCGCUUGGGUGCUUUUCCCUACAGGCGUCACACCAUGGUCUGGCGAUGACUGGCACAAUUGGGGUUUCGCCGACGUCGAAGCUGCCAUUGAGGCUAUUCCAGCGUGGAUGGAAAACGUGAAUUGGAAAGGUCCAGGCGUAGAUACUGAUCGAUGGAUUGUAACAGGUCAUUCGAAUGGAGGCCAGGGCACCUGGUAUGCCAUGUCCCAUCGGCCGGAUAAGGUAUUGGCUGCCGCACCCAUCUCAGGCUAUGCUUCUAUUCAGAAGUAUGUAUCGUAUGAGCUUUGGCAACCCGCGGAUCCGAGCCGCACAGCCAUCCUAAGCGCAUCGCUGAAUAGCUAUCGCCAUGAGAUGUUGGUGUCAAACAUGCAAGGAAUACCGAUUCAACAGCAGCAUGGUGAGAUUGAUGAUAAUGUACCGGCGUACAACUCAAGAUUACUUGCUCAGCAGCUAUAUAUAUCAGGGGGAAAUUCAAGUUACAAUGAAGUCAAAGGCAAGAAUCAUUGGUGGGAUACCGUGAUGACAACGCCUGAGCUGGUAGACUUCUACAACAUGCAAGCCGAUAGCCAAGAGGUACUUCCACGAAGACUUUCACAGUUUUGUAUCACAGUUGGUGAUCCUGGUGAUAUGGGAAGCAAGAAUGGUAUCAGGGUACUACAUCUCCUCGACCCAGGACAUUACGGCAAAGUCAGUGUAAAAGGCCAUGCUAUCCGUACGUCAAACGUACAAAGCCUUGAGCUCGAUCCGAUCCUCUGGGGCGGUCCGCUGAAGGUUGAUGGGCAGGACAUGGAUUUGAGCGUUGAAAGAAUCGCUAUGUCUUCCGGAGCCCGGAUUCGCCUCUCAAAGGUAGAUACUGCUUGGAGUCUGGCACACUCCCGUACAGCGGCGGCUAAAAAUCAGAGAAACGGGCGACAACUGGGUUCCAUGACAGCUAUACUUCGCAGCAGAGGUCCUUUCAUCAUUCGAUAUCCAAGUGUCGCCAAUACGUCCCAUGUAGCACUCCAGAUCUCGCGCAACCUACAUCAAUACUUUAAAGCAGACGCUAGGAUUAUCUCUUCCAGCUCAUCGACCGUAAUUGCCAACUCAACCGGUAACGUGAUCUCACUCCUCAUUGGAUCAGACCCCGGGCAUCAAGAAGGCUAUGCCAUCCGUGUGUACGAGUCCGGUGUCACCGUCCAAGACUACCUAGGCCACGACCAGCACUAUGGUGAGGAGGCUCGAGGUGUAGCGUUCCUGCGGCCGCUAGAAGAGCAGAGGCUUGAAUUGGUACUAUGGGGGGCUGAUGAGGAUGGUCUACGACAGGCCGCUAGAGUUGUACCGAUGCUUACUGGUGUAGGCCAGCCAGAUUUCGUUGUCUUUGGCGAGAGCGCAAAAUGGAGAGGCGUCGAGGGGGUCUUGGCCAUGGGCUUCUUGGAUUCGGAAUGGCAGAUCACAGCCUCUAGUAUGAUUCAGACUGGUUAG